AUGGCGGACGGAAGGAUUCAGGAUGAACUUACAAAGCUUCGAUUGAAAAUGCUCCAACAAGUGAGUUAAAUUCUGUGACAUUAAAUGUGCAAGCUUUGAUUUAAUUCGUGGUUUUCUGUCCUCUGCGGUCAAUUUUCAGAAAAUGAGAAGCCAGUCAAGUGGAAACGUAGAAGGACAGCGCAUAGAUUUCUAUGAUCAACCUGCAAUGACAAGUUCCACAGCUGGUGAGGAUAGCUAAAGCUAAUAGAUAUCACAAGUGUAACGGUAUUGGUUUCAAGGGUAAAGAGCCAUUUUUCAGCUUUCGUUUAUUAAAGUUGUCGGCUUACCUUGUUCGGCAAGAGAGCACGAGUGUGAGCGCCUAUUGCUUUUGUAAACGUUUUCAUGAAAUGGUCAUUUUUUGAUAUGAAGCAAUUAUUGGAUGAGGUUGAGCAAAAUAUCAUUAAUUAUCAAAACUGAGGUCCGAGUUAUUUGCCGAAGUCCAAGACUGAGGCAGAAGAUAACGUGAACACAGGGUUUGAUAAUUCAUGAUAUCAUGCAAAAGCGAAUUCAAUAACUGUAUUUUCAUAAUUUUUUUUUUAAGUAAUCUGCAAUCUCUCUGAGUUUGAAAAGUUUGAGAACACUACAUAGACGAGGGGCUUGAAAACUAGGCAGACCUAAAAGUGGUCAUGAGAAAUGCAAUCUCUGCUACAUACAUAGAUAUUGAAGUUAUCAUGUAAACUUUGUUUAAUAAUUGAAUACUCUCAACCAACUAAGCCUAAUGCAUAAUUAUACUAAUUAGAAGUACCUGCAUUUACUUCCUUUUCCUUGUAUUAUCAGAUUAUGUUUACCACAUGAUUUUGCCACAGAAACUUUUUGUUAUUUUUAUGGUCGUGUAGGUUUCCAUCAGCAACUGCAAGCUGAAACUCUGAAGAGUAAACAACUUCUUCAAAGAGUAAAGGUACAGUAUACCUAUUCUUUGCAUCUCUCACUGUAAUAAAUGUAGUGUUGAGAGUUCAACAUGCUCAAUGUUUGAUAAAGCUGUGUGGGUUCUUACCUUAGUUGGGCCAUUUUGUUGUGUUUUUGGGGUGAGACAGUGUAUCCUCAAAGUGCCUUUCUCUACCUAGUUUGGUAGUGCAUUUUUUAGGAUGGCUAGUAACCUCUUUCACAGGUCUCAGAUUAUGUACAUCAUCAUAUAUGUUUUGUGAUUAGUGAGGGUUUAUGUUCCUGUAUGUGUUGACAGAGGCAACAGUGUUUUUUACCAAAAUGAAUAUGGUUUGCACCAUACAAACCACAUUUAAAUUUGCACAAGAUUCUGUUGCUUAACUGAGGGAAGCUACCAUUAUAUUUAUCCAAUCACAUCAGUGAUCUUUUUGCCUUAUAAGGUGGGAUGCCACCCAUGAUUCAUGAUCAUGAAGUUUAAGUGGGAACCAUGUGACCAGUUCUCUGAUCCUUGUAAGGCAUUGUGAGACUGUCCAAUGUGGUAUGGCCUCGGUUUGGAGGGGACUGUAGAUUGGAUCACUUAAUAAGUUUGUUUCUUUAACAUGUAAAUUUGAUGAUUAUUAUAAAGAAGCUGUCAAAAUGUCAUGUAACUUUUUAUUAUUAACUUUCCUUUAAAAGUGUUUUUCUAUCACCCUUUAUUGAUUGUAUCUCUACAACAUGAUUUUUUUUUGUAAAAGGAAGAAAGAGAGAAGCAGCUGCAGAAGCCAUCAAUACAAACUCAAAAUGAUGACUAUAUGAAAGGUGACUAAAAUUUAUCAGACAUUAAUAGGGGUGAAUAAGAAUUAUUAAUGACCUUUGUAUUUCACCAACCAGUGACUCAAGAGUGCAACAUGUAAUCAGAACUGCUGCUUAUAUUCAUACAAGCCAAAGUGAAUCACAUAUAGGCAUCAUGACUUAGAGCAUGCACGUAAUUUGAUUCCUGCCGCUUACUUUUCUCAACUUCACAUUUCAAAACACAUUUGAAUGGUUUUAUUCCCUGUAUGGGAUGAUGAUACCCUGGAAUAUGAUUUUACAUGAAAACAUUUUUAGUUAGUGCUUUGAGAAAAACCCACUCAGGUAUCUCAUAUCAGUUUGAGGGAGCUUUUCCUGUUGAUAUUCUAUAACCGUAUCAAGAUGUGGUAAGGACAAUACCAUGAUCACUGUUUUUUAAAUUUUUCCAAGAUAUGAUGGCUAGUAUGAUGUCCCAGAAUGUACAGCUUCAACAGUUACUAUUGCAACAGAUGGUCUUACAACCUGGAAAAUCAAUCAAUACAGAAGGAACACAACAGCAAAGGUAGCUUUAAUGUAAAACUUUUAUAACACACUGAUACUUCAUAAACAUAAAAUUAAUUAAUUUUUUAUAUUCAUUCCAUUUCUCAGUCCCUAGUAACUGUUAUUUCCAUCAAUUUUAUCAGACACAAUGGCUACUGAUCAGUGUAUUGGACUGCAGAUUGAGGGGGGUCAUUGGGUUGUAUUAUUUGGAAAGGCACUAAAAUUUCAUAGUUUCAUUAUCUACCCAGUGUAACUGGGUAGUGGCUAGCAUUUAGGGAAACCUCUUGGAAUAUUAGGGAAAACCCUGAGAUGGAAGGGAAUCUUAUCAAAGGCUUCAACCCUCUAGAACUGGGAUAAAUUUUGGCUGGAAUGGUUCCCAGGCUCCUAAGCUGGCUAUACUUUCUCUUUAUUUUUUCAGUAACUACUAAAUAAAUAUUUUUUUCUUUAAAAACAGUUAUUGAGUAAUGCAGUAAGUCUGGGCAAUGACAUUCAGUUAAUAAUGUUUUAUAACAAGUUGUAUUGAUGAGUGGCUCUCUUCCUUUUCCCUUAAUCACCAUGUUACAAUAUAGCUUGUCAGUUGUCAAACCAGUGGAGAUUGAACAAAUUGGUCAGCGGGAAAUGUCUCCAUUUACUACUCAUGCAACAAACAGGAAUCAUCAAAGAGGUACUUUUUUGAUUUAAUUAUUUCAACAGCAGAAAUAAUUUUGUUGGAUAAAAUUCAAAGUUUUUUAUACUAGCAUUGAAUUCUGCACCUUUUCUGAUAUUUUUUUUUAGCCCAAAAAAUCUCUCAUUGGUUGUUAUUAUUUCUCCAUUGUUUCACAUUUUAUUUCUUGAGGUCUUUCCUCUUAAAGCAAGCUUCUAAUGAGCUAAAAUUUUGAUUUUAGCUGCACCUGAGCCAGUAGCAAACCACCUGCAAGUUCCUGCUCAAAGAAAUCCUGCUCAAAGAAAUCCAGCUGAAAGAAAUCCUUCAUCAAAACCAGUGGUAAGUUUUUAAAUGUUUUAUUGUGCCUGUAUGUAUGAAAUGUAAUUAUUUGCUAUUCUGUUAAGCUACUGUCUAUAACAGACACAUGUAUUUGUUUUCUUCUGAGUCUCAAAUUUUGUAUUUUGUCACUGUCAUUUGUGUUCAGCUACCAAGAGGUGUUGCAACUCCUGUAAGACCAACAGAAAGACUUCCAGAAACACCAAUGAAACCUCGGUUAUCUCUAAGACCAGAAGGAUUUCUUAGUAACCAAGUUCACUGGAAUGAAGAACAACCAUAUCCAUUCCCUGGAUCUAGCAGGGUCAGAAAAUUACGUCAUGUUGGUUAUGUCGCCUGGGCAUGUUUUAUUCUUAUAGCACUCUUAAAACAAGCUCAUCAAAGGCAACUGAGUGCCAUUGAAAACCUCAACAGUCUUAUAAAACAAGCAAUUGAUGAACUUCAUAGAGAAUACUACCUCAGCCAUGACUGGUCGAUGUACUCUACCAUUCAAGAUGCUAUUACAGAUGAAGCCUUUGAUUUUUACAUAAAAAAUCCAGGUGUUUUUCAGAGACUUUCAAAGGAUUCUCAAAGUGCCUUUAAAGAACUCUCGUCCAUGGUUGAGACCAUUAUUCAUAAUGUUAUUCAGAUUAAACCUGAUACUGGAAUUUUAAGUGCUUCAAGAGAGGGUGUCUUGUGGCUUAUGACUCAGGAAGGUGUCUUUCUACCACCAAACUACCUGUGGCAAGUUGAAAAGGUAUUUGAAAGAGGACCCUUUAGUGAAGUUUAAUUCACAAAGGCAAUUGAGACAGAGGUUGAAGGCUACGUGUAAAUAUUUCCUUUAUUGUUCAGUUUGUAUUUCUAACCUACCUCCCCCCAGCCUGGGUGCCAAUGUCUUGUAUAGACAUAGCAAGUUUAAGUCAUAUGAAUUUAUAAGAAUUACAAGGGGAGGGGUUAGUAUUAUUUAGGUGAUGAGCAAAAUUAAUAAUGGUAAUAAACCAAGUGGAGUCCAAUUUGGUCUGUAAUCUUACAAGUGUUUAAGAAAAUUGGAUUGAAUGAAUUGGAUGACACAAAGUCCUGUUACCAAUCAAUCAUAACCAUUACAAUUCCAUAAAAAAUACAAUUACAGAAAAUAUUUCUUGUGGAGACGAUGUCUUCGGUGAAAAAUUCCUCCAUUUUUGAAAUUCCCCAGUUUUUAUGGUUACUAUAUAUGAUCAAUUCUGUGGUUGGUGGAUUUGGCUGAGUGGACUUAAUAUGAUUGGCUGCUUUAACUGUCCAAUUACAGGUUUUCAACUACAACUGUCUGAUUACAACACUACACUUAUAAUUAGUGAAAAAAUAAAGCAGCCAAUGCACCAAUCACAUUUGAUGAAAUUGUAAUGAUAAUGAUCAGUCAAAGUUUUUGUCCAUUUAAUUGAUCACUGGACAGGUGUAAUAAUCCUUGGGUCACUUUGUUAACCCUCUGACCCCUAAGAGUGACUAGCAUGUAACUUCUCCAUACAAUAUCACUCCUGAAUCACACAGUAAGGUCAUGAGAAUAAAGGAAAUGAUCACCAACCAGAGAAACUCUUGAUUGUUCAAAAAAUUCUCCUUGCUAGUACCUUAGGCAAUGUCUAGAGAACAGUUUGGAGAUUAUGCAUGUUAUGUAAGGGUGUAAAGGGUUAAAGGCAAUCAUUGUCCAGUAUAAGUUGUCAGUACAGGUGACUAAUUUUUUAUUUAAUGGUGGAUAUCUUGGGUUAAAGAGUUAAGUGAGGUUCAAUUUUUCAAUAACAACACAAUUGCAUCUUAUUCUGGGCCUGUUAUCUUUAAUGCUGAUUUAUAGGAUAGCAUGAUGUUCACUGACCAAGGUGCUUUAACUAAAGUGACCAAUGAAGUGAUUACCAUGUUACUGCUGGGCUUGUUUAUCUCAAGAGGACUGGUAUCUACACUGCUGUUCAAGCCUACUGAGUAUGGACUUAUGGAUAAUACACCCAGUGGUCUGGCACAGUCUAACCUCAAGGUACAUGUUUAUACAGUGUACCUGAAGAUAUAUUUUUAUAAUCAAUGAAAUAAUUAGUAGACACAGUAAUCAGUAUACACAAAUAAUUAGUAUUCACAUUUGCCCUGAAAGCUUCACUUCUUGGCCACAUAUUCUUUUUUUGGACAAUCUCUCAAAUGUAGACAUAGUCAGCCAACAAACAUGUGGUCAGAAGAGGUUUAUUUACUAAAUAUUUCCACACCAAAUGGAGGCUAUUGUUUAUAUAUAUUCAAGGUUAUCAGAUCAAAAAUGAUGGAGCGUUUUAUUGUAUUCAUGAACAAAUAUGCGAUGAGUGAUCGCAAACCAAAAUUGUCUUCAGCAGUAAUUCUUGGUGUGGAUGAAAUUUCAUUGUGCUUUUCAGGUCUUGGGAACCAUUCUCAUGAAAAUUGUCCGUGAUGUCUCAUUAAAGAAUAGUAGGAAAGUAAUGGUAAGUUUAACCUGGUGGUCAGUUUUAUUAUAUGGUAUUGUUCUAGAAGAGCAAUUUGCAGAAAUAUCUACUUGUGUCCAGCAAGCACACCCCCCCCCCCAACUACCACCCCCAGGCCCAAACUUACACAUGUUCACAAGCUGAAAAAGUACAAGAUGGGAAUGUAACAGGUACCCUCAAUGGAUGUAUACACAUUUAGCUUAUAAGUGGUGACCCUGUGGCUUCCCCUAUAGCUACUUAGUACCACUAAGAGCACAGAUUAUCCAAUAAACUGUGGAACUCCUCCCAUUACCAUCAUUAUGUCCACUUUUUGAAGUCCUUAGCUAAACAAUGGUCCAACCAUUUUCAAUCCUUUCUGUUAUUGCAACCAAAUGUUUGUAGGGUGGCAAGGGUGUGACCAGUGCACAUUCCACACAAGAUAAUUUUGGUUUUAUCAACUGAGUUAACAAUGUAAAUUAGCCACUUUAAAGAGUUUCAAAGCUGUCUUUUCAAGCCUAUGCUGUGAUUGAAUAUUUAAAAGGUCACCAAGAGUCAAUUGGGAAGAAACUUUUAUGUUAAGAUCAAGUAUAUUCUAUAUACUAUUAAGUAUUUUGUCAGCAUUAGUAGGUCAAACUUAUUUCUUGAGGCCUGUGAAGGUUUGCUUGUUUUAUGGUAUAUUCAACCUGAAAUAUUGUUUUGCUUAGACUAGUGGUAUUUUGGAUGCUGGAGAUAUCACAAAUUUAGGUAUAAAAACAAUCAGGGAAACUUGAAUUUCAGGCGCAUGUCAAUCAUUAACAACAUAACUAUUUCUUUGUAGCCUGUAGCCUCAGAGAUCAGCUCACAAUUAUUCAGUGAUGUGGAAAUGAAGUAUAUUUACAAAAAACUGGAAGAAUCGCUGAUUUGGUGCAAGGUGUGUUUAAUGAUUUAGGUUUACCUUUGUCAUAGAGUUUUUAAAUAUGUGAGGAAACUCUACUUUCACUUUAAAAUUGUAAAUGAAAGCUUGACUGUUUACCCCACUGAAAAGAAAAGUUCUUCACAGUUUGAUCAAUUUUAUUUCACAAAUUUUCUAAUAUAAGUACAGUCAAUAUUGAACUUCUAUUUAAGGACAUCUCUCUAGAUUUGUUGUCUCUCCAGUACAGACAGUUUACUUCCUGUUAAAAUUCCAAGAGAUGUAUUCUACUUGGAAAAAAACUCUCCACCAUGGAUCCUCUCUGAUAUGGACAACAGACACUGAAUCUCUGCCCCAAAAAUGUUGUUAGGUUUCUUGACAUUCUCACAAUUUUUUUGGUUGUCUAGUUUUGAGUCUAAGAUUAAUUUAAUCUUUGUUUGUUUUUUUUCUGUAGGCCAAUCUCAAGAGAUGGACAGAAACAUAUAUAAGUUCAAUAAACACCCAUUAAUUAAAGACUGUCCAAAUGUUUUAUAGCUGAAUUGUGUAGCUUGUAUAUAUCACAGAAAGGGACAGGUUUUUCUCUUAAGUAGUGAUGUACUCACAUUUUGGCUUCAGAAUCCUGGUUCAAGCAUGUUUGAUGCAAUAUUUAACAGACUGAAUAAAAGUUUUCUUUAUUUAUUUGUACCCAUGAAGUCAAACUUUUUUCUGAUGAUUCUCCAUACAAAGAUGUAGGUAUACAAUAAAUAGCUUUUUCUAACGAGUUACCUAAAACAACAAUUCUACAAAUCUGAGAAAAGGUACUUCAUAACUAAGAUCACUUUUAUAGUCACUCAAACAAAAAAGUUUUCUUUGCAAUGUUGUGAGCCUGUGAUGACCUUUAUGUUUUUUUAAACAUCAGGUAACAAACUUCUUAAACAGAUUUAUGUAGUCUCUGUAUUUUAAUGAUGGAGUAUUCAUUCAGGCUUACAAUUGGUGAAAUAAUACUAUUGAAGGUUUGUCAGUAUUGCCAAAACUCUGCCAGAUGUAAAGAAAUUUAUGAAAUCAAUGUAAUAUCUUAUUAUUUAUUUUUGUAUGGUACAAUUUCAGUAUGGGAG